GAAUCCAGAGAGAAAGAGAAAUAAAGAGAUAGAUGGAUAAGUAAAAUUAAGAAAGAAAAAUAACCCAAAUAAGAGAGAGAGAGAUAUAGAAAAAUAAUUAAGAAGAGAAUAUAAAUAAUAAACGUGUGCGGCCCUUCAUAAACGCUUUUUCGUCCCUUGAAAAUGUUACAAGUCAGGCUGUGGAGAACUUGGACUAGCAUCACAAUCUUCACAAUCCUUCUCAGCCUCUCCUUCACCAUCAUUGCGUCGCAGGAACUCUAUGAUGACAUGGAAGACGGAGAAGAAACAGAUCCUAAUGAUGAAUUCAAGAACAGUCCCAUAACCUCCACGGUGUCCGUCGCGGGGGAGGCCUCGGUGCUGCCCUGCAACAUCUCCUCUCCGCUUCGAGGCGAUUCCGUCCAGCUGGUGCUUUGGUACAGGGAUCAUGUCUCCACGCCCAUCUUCAGUUACGACGCCCGAUCCGGAGUGUAUUCCCGCCCGACGGAAUGGGCGGACCAAGAGCUCCUGGGGUCGCGCGCCCACUUCAGCGUCACCACCACGCCCGCCGCCCUCGUCCUCAACCAGACCAAGCGGGAGGAUGAGGGCGUCUACCGCUGCCGCGUCGACUACAAGCUCCUCACCACAACCCACGCGAGGGUCAACCUGUCUGUCGUAGAGCCGGUGGGCAGCGUGCGCAUCGUGGACGAGGCAGGCCUGGAGCUCGUCGGCGCUGCAGGCCCUUAUACUAUAGGGCAGCGUCCGGCUCUCACCUGCCGAGUCCAAGGCGGCGACCCUCCUCCUUCGGUCACGUGGUGGAGGGACGGCAGGCUCCUGGACAGCACCUACCAUCACCAGACGCUCGUCAGCUCCAGAACGAGCGUCCUCGACCCUGGCGUGGGCGUGGUCGUCAAUACGAUCCACCUGCGGGCGCUGAAGAAGGAGGACCUGCGGUCGACGUACACGUGCAAGGCGGGGAACCACGACAGGGCGCCCACCAAGGAAGCGGCCGUGGAGAUCGACAUGAACUUCGGCCCCGAGAGCGUGGUGGUGAAGGGCCUGGAAGGUCCCAUUUCAGCAGGGCGCCCCCAGCAGGUGGUGUGCGAGGCGAGAGGGAGCCGCCCCCCUGCUAUUCUCACCUGGUGGCUUGACGGCCACAUGAAGAAAAGCAUUUCGCACAUGACCUCGUUGGAUGGGCUCGUCUCCACCAGCACCUUGGAGCUGGUCGUCACACCCCAAGACGAAGGAAGCAAAUUAACGUGUCGAGCCGAGAAUCCUGAGUUGUCUUCGGCUACUAUCGAGGAUUCUCAUCAGCUGCAGGUUCUUUAUCCGCCCGAGGUGAGGGUCGCCGCCGGCACCUCGCUCGACCUCGACCUCAUCAAGGAGGGCGACGACGUCUAUUUCGACUGCCACGUGAAGGCCCGCCCCGAGGCCCACAGGAUCACCUGGAGUUUUAACGAGGCCGAGCUUCAGCAGAACGUCACAGCAGGAGUGAUGGUGGUAGGCAAGUCCCUGGUGCUGCAGAGGGUGUCCAGGAAGCAGGCAGGGAGCUACGCCUGCUCGGCCACCAACACCCAGGGCUUCAACACGUCCAGCCCCAUCCAGCUGUCGGUGAAAUGUAAACGCCCCGUGUGUCGGGUGGAGCAGACGGACGUGUACGGCGUGGGGCGGCACGAGAAGACGACUGUGACCUGUCGCGUGGACGCCGACCCUCCGGUGACCGCGUACCGAUGGGCCUUCAACAACACGGGCGAAUUCGUCGACAUACCCAACUCCCACUUCAACAUCAUGGGAGAUGGCGUCAAAGCGCAGCGCUCCGACCUCCGCUAUUCCCCCGUCAGCGACCUGGACUACGGGACGCUGCUGUGCUGGGCGACCAACCUCGUGGGGACGCAGAGGACGCCCUGCACCUUCACCGUCUUCCCCGCGGGCAAGCCUGACGCCGUCGCCUCCUGCAGGGUGUUCAACGAGACGGAGGAGAGCGUGUCCGUUUCCUGCGAGCCUGGCUACAGCGGCGGCGUCGACCAGAGCUUCCUGAUCGAGGCUUGGGACGACGGCGUGGUCAGGGCGACGGACACCAGCGACGCGCCGCUCAUGGAGGUCACCGGACUGCGGCCAGGAACUCGCUACACGCUCAAGGUGUUUGCGGUGAACUCCAUGGGGCGGUCGCAGCCCUACACCUUCACCACGUUCACGCUCACGGAUGUGGCGGAGAGGAGGACAGAUUAUCAACAAAUUUCUGUAUUUUAG